CUUCUAUCGGCGGUCCGGACACCCCAACCCUUUCCCUCGCUGAACAACUGGCAGCGGAUCCCGAGCGCGGUGCGGGACACGUCGGGAUGACCGGCGAACCUCCGACCCCGAGUAGCGACGUCGUCCUCUUGAGCCCGAAGCUGCGCCCCGAUGGCGGCGGGCAACAGCUCGUCACCGCUGAAAAACGAGAGCAUCAUGGACAGCACGGCCGCCACCACCGUGGCCGCGCUUAUCCUCAGCCUGGUCUUCCUCUUGGGGUUCCCCGGCAACCUCUUCAUCAUCUGGAGCAUCCUGGCCCGUGCCCGCAAGCAGACCAUCACCACCCUCCUCAUCCUCAACCUCGCCGUCGCCGACGGUUCGCUGAUGGCGCUGACGCCGUUCUUCAUCGCCUACUUAGUGAUGAAGAGGUGGGUGUUUGCGACGGUCAUGUGUAAGGUGCUCUUCUACCUGUGCCUGGCCAACAUGUACGCCUCCAUCUACAUCAUCACCCUUAUGAGCCUCUAUCGACUGCUGGCCGUGCUGCGGCCCCAGCGCGUGAGCUCCUUGGUGGGCCGCAGGACGGUGACGUGGACGCUGGCGCUCACGUGGGCGCUGGUGGCACUUGCCUCUGUGCCCGCAGUCAUCUUCCGGGACGUGAGGACGAGUGCCGACCGCGCCAUCUGCGACUCGUACCACGAUGAGGACAGUCAUACGAUCGUCCAGUACAUGCUGGAGCUGGUCUUGGGCUUCCUGAUCCCUUACAGCGUGGUGGCGGUCAGCUACAUCUGGAUCCUGUGCCGCAUCCGCCAGACCAAAUUCCGGCGACGCAUCCGCAGCGAGAAGCUCAUCCUGGCCAUCGUGGUGACGUUCUGCCUCUUCUGGCUGCCCUACCACAUGGUCAACAUGGUGCAGGUCACGUGGGCGCUCUGUCCUGAGGGUUCAGUCAAAGCAACGCUGGCUAAAAUCUGGCACCGGAGUCGCGCCGUCACGUCCUCGGUGGCCUUCAUCAGCAGCUGCGCCAACCCCGUGCUCUACUUCUUCGCCGGCAAGUCAUAUAUCCGGCGAGAGGGUCUGGCCUUCAUGGCCCGCCUGUUCGAGGCGGCCGGUCUGGACUCGGUCACCAGGAAGAGUCGGCAGAAUAGCCAGAACAGCCGCGACAAGGACAAGGAGAUGGAUGGCAUCGUGCUGAAGGAGUCCAACUCCAGCUCCGCUGUCAAAGCGCUGAAGCCUCAGACGUGACGCCGCCGUCGGCUGCCGUUUUGAAUGUCUCGUCCGUCCGUUCGCACAGUCGACUGUCCCGAUGAACAAUGAGGACGGCAAUGCGUUGUCGUGUCUGAGGUCAAAAGAGCACCUCCGGCGCCUCUUGGCAGCCAUCUUUUUCUGCCGUGGCCUGUGUUGUAAACGUCCGGUGUGGUCCAAAAGUGCAACAAAUAAACAAAACGGAAAGUAUUGUCUGCGAUUGCCUGUCGGCCGGUUCAGGGUGCGUACCCCUGCUUCUCGCCCCGACCCCCGGUGAGGACGAGUGAUAACGGAAUUUCACGGAUGGAUGUAAGCGUUGGUGCGGCUGCAGCGCAACAACGUUACAAAAAACAAAAUGAGUCCUUGGCGACGUCACGUCCCCAAAUUGUCAAGAAACUUCCUGAUGUUCUUGUU